UGCCUUUACAAGAACUAUCUCUAGUGCUAAUAUUUCUUCUAACUCUUUAUUUUUGAUUUUCAGAAAGAAGGGAUGAAAGAGUUCGAAGGAACAGGUCUCCGCUAUCUUAAGGAGACUUCGUUCGCGGUGCAAGAAAAACAAAUCUCUUCUUACAAACGGAAUGUCUCAAAAAUCGAUGAAGAAUCAGCUUCUGCAACAUCAACCAAAAAGACCAAAACGUUUAAUGUCUCAUUUGACGAAUUUGUUGGCUCCGGCGAGACUUCUGGCAAGACUACAGAAAUUGCCGUUAGCGAGGUCAGCGACAGUGAAGAACUUGGUCAAAAUGAUGAAGAAAGUUCUGAUGAUAAUCAUGAUGAUGAGGAUUUCAGUGGGCGUAAUAUUAGAACGAAGAUGGAAGAAGUUAAACGAAUCAAGCUAGCGAUUGCAAAAAAAGUUCAGGUAGACGAAAUGAAGGCUGAAUAUUCAGCAAAGUAUCACAAAUUGCAUCCGGAGAACAAAUGGAAAUUACCUUCCGGAAAGUUCGUUGAAGAUAUUCUUUAUGAAUAUACAAUAAAUUUGGACCAUGAAAGCUAUCUACACAGUUUUAUAAUCGAUACAAGUGAUGAAACAAUCAUGAAUCUUUUCAGUGAACCUGACCAGCAACAUAUCAGAGAAUGUAAUAUUCCUUCAGAACCGCAAGUAGAUGAUAAUCUGCUAGACUUUCUUUUACGCUACCGACAAAAUAAUCCUCAAGAUCUGCGUAGGGUAAUCAACAUCGAUAUAGAUUUAUCUUCUUAUAACCCACGGAGAGAUUAUGACUAUUACUACGUUCAUGAAGUUUUUUCUCAUUUACUUUUACGGUAUGAACUUAGGCCUCAGGAUUUUUCUAAUCCUCACUUAGAGGGUUGGUUCAAGACGAACCUCUGGAGCAUAAUCGUAGAUAGUUGUUUUUUAGAUGUAUUAGAUGCAGAGUUUAUACGGUUGCUCUCGUGCUUCAGGACAACGAAAAAACAAGGGAAGAAAAGAUUCAAAAGUUCGAAAGCUUUUUGGGCGUAAGUGUGAUGGAAUCUUACGAAAGUUGGGGACACCGGAAGAGUAUGCGAUAAGUGAAGAGGGAAAAUUGUGGGAUGGGGAAGACGGAACCAAAUUCU